GUUUUACUGUAAAUCCACCAGAGUGCGUGCGAUUCUGAAAUGAGUCAUGUGAUGUGUAUUAUUUGUAUUAAAAAUGAAAUUAUUUUUAACUUUUAUAUUUACUUUAAAGUUUUUUCUACCGGUCAUAACAAUAGAAGUUGCAGGGUUUUCAGCAUUGCAUGAUCCAACAAUUGCACUUGAAACUUCAAAGUUUGAUGAAUUCUCCGACUUAAAAAGAAUUUCAGAAGUAUCUUACAUGCAGAAUAUUUCCCCUAAAUGUACUGAAAUACUUAAAAAUCUUGCUCAAAUGUCUUCUGCCUUUAUUUCUUGUUUUGUCAUUCAUUCCAGGCCUAUUACAGCUUGUAUCGCCUGUUACAAAGAAUAUAUUCAUUUUAGGGAUAUUCGUGAACAAUUAUACAAUAAAUCAGACAAAUAUAAUUGUCAAAAGCAAUUGCUUAACCAGGAUAGAAUUCAAAUUGUUGGAACAACUUGUAAUUUUAUAUUGAAUACUUGGUACACAGCAAACUGUGAUAAUUGCUUCAAAGUGAUCGAUGAUGAUAAAGAAAUUCUAAGCAAUGAGUCAUUACAUUUCAUCAACAUUUCUCAUUCCCUUGAUGAAUGUUUCAAAAAUUAUUCAAAGACUGAGAAAGGAAAGAUUGUGAAUUCAACAGUGUGUCAUUCUUGCAAGGAUUUAUAUCAUAAAGUAAACAAUGCAUAUAGAAAACUAAGCAUGGCUCUCGAUAAUAAUGUUUGUGCAGAUAUUUUAGAUAAGAUAAAUGUCACUCGCCACGAAUGGAGGAAUAUUUACAAAUGUAUACCACAUCAUAAUCAGGAUGCAAUUGUAUACAUUAUAGCUGUUAUAACUUGUUUGCUUGUGAUUAUUUUCUAUCCUGUGUAUAAAUUUGUGGGUGUGAAAAAUACUUUAAUAUUAAAACAAAAACGUCUUUCUGAACUGCGUGCUACAAGCAGCAAAAGUAGGCAGUUUUCGUCUUCGAGUCACAGUGAUUAAGCUUUGAUAACAUAUUGCCAAAAGACAAUAUUUAAAUUGAAUGAACACAAUCUAUUUAUAGCUGUAAAAAUUUAUAUGAUUGUAAAUAAAAAGAUUAUUUUUCUUUUUUAUAAUAAAUUAAAAAUUUUGUACCUAUUUA